UCAAGGAGGGGCAUAAACACACUUCAGGUGCUUUGUGAUCGGGUUUUAUAAGGAGAUCUCUGCUGGAUCUCCCUCACUGCGCUCCGCACGGUACUUGAGGACAGAAGAUGCCCAGGCAGUUCCUCUGCCCAGUGUUCGGCUCGUCACUGUGGUUUGCACUGAUACUCCAGUCUCUCAUUUCCUCCGCCGUUACCUACAGGAGACCAGUGUCCGGAGGGAAGAGACAGAGCUUUCUGGAGAGAACCUUAAUUUUACUGGACGUGAAUACGCGAAGCCCGGUGAAAGUUUUGAAUGACAACUUCCUCUCGUUGCAGUUGGAUCCAUCUAUCAUAAAGGAUGGCUGGCUGGACUUCUUAAGCUCCAAGCGGUUAGUCACUCUGGCACGGGGACUCUCUCCAGCUUAUUUGAGGUUUGGGGGCAAACGGACUGACUUUCUCCAGUUUCAUAACCUGAAGAAUCUUGGAAAGUUUAGAGGGCCUGGACCAGACUAUUACCUCAAAAACUAUGAAGAUGACAUAGUGCGCAGUGACUUCGCUCUGGACAAACAAAAGGGUUGCAAGCUGGCCAGCCACCCAGACAUGAUGCUGGAACUGCAGCGGGAGAAAGCGGCUCAGAUGCAACAGGUCUUGUUGAAAGAACAGCUCUCCAACAUCUAUAGCGAUGUCACAUUAACAGCCAGGUCUUUAGACAAACUUUACAACUUUGCCGACUGCGCGGGACUGCACCUGAUCUUUGGGCUGAAUGCCCAGCACAGAAACCCUGACAACUCAUGGAACACCUCCAGUGCUGUGAGUCUGCUCAAAUACAGCGCCGGCAAAAAAUACAACAUCUCCUGGGAGCUCGGCAAUGAGCCCAACAGUUACCGCACAAUGGCUGCUCGAUCAGUUAACAGCUCUCGUCUGGCUCAGGAUUACUCUCUUCUGAGGACAUUACUGCAGUCGGUGCGUUUCUACAGCCGAGCGAACCUCUACGGGCCCAACAUCGGCCGUCCUCGUAAAAAUGCAAUCCUGUUACUAGAUGGUUACUACAUUGACAGGCGGGUGACCAAAGUGGAAGACUUCUUGAAGACAAAACUUCUGGACACCUUGUCUGAGCAGAUUACCAAGGUGUUAAAGAUUGUUCAAACUCAUGCUCCAGAGAAGAGUGUGUGGCUGGGUGGAGUUGGUCCGGCUUGGGCAGGGGGGACCAAUAAUAUAUCUGACACAUUUGCUGCUGGUUUUCUGUGGCUCAACACUCUUGGUAUCGCUGCAGCUCAUGGGAUUGAUGUUGUACUCCGACAUUCUUUUUUUGAUUAUGGAUAUAACCACCUCGUCGACCAGCACUUCAACCCUUUACCUGAUUACUGGUUAUCUCUGCUCUUUAAACGUCUGGUGGGCCCCAGGGUGCUUGCGGUGCACGUCGCAGGUCUCCAGAGGAAACCACGCCCUGGACGGGUGAUCCGGGACAAACUCCGCAUCUAUGCACACUGCACCAGCUUUCACAAUCAUGAUUAUGUCAGAGGGUCCAUAACCAUCUACAUCAUCAACCUUCAUCGCUCACGGAAGAAAAUCAAGCUGGCCGGGACUUUACGAAAUAAAACUGUUAACCAAUACCUGUUACAGCCCUUCGGCACAGAUGGACUUCACUCCAUGACUGUGCAGCUGAACGGAGAGCCCUUGCGUAUGGUGGACAAUGAGACAUUUCCUGAGCUGAAGCCACGGACGCUCAGGGCAGGAAGAACGAUAGCCAUGCCACCUGUAUCUAUCGGCUUCUACGUCAUCAAGAAUAUUAACGCUUACGCCUGUCGCAGAUAACACACACUGACCGACCUCAGACGAUA